AAAAAAAAAAAAAACUUUAUUGACAAUUACAUCAUCCAUACAAUGUCAUCAUGGGAGCACAAAUACGUUAUUUAUCAUUAGUGUCAGUGUUAAUGCUUGGAGCAGGGCAGGCAGGAGGGUGAUAUAGAUAUCUAUGUAUAUAUAUAUAACGAAUAUAAAUAUUAAUGUAAGCCUGUGUUUUGGCUGCCGUUAGAGGGGGUGGUGGGAUAACUCUGAGAGAGAUUCUCCCCAGCUCGCAGUGUCGGCACGCUCGUGGCGUAUUAUUCUGUGGGUUUCAUUCCUGUCAGCUCUGCCCCCCCCUCACACACACAGACAGAGACAAACAGAGCUCGAGCUCAGCGCGCGCCGUCUCCUUCCCGCCUCCUGCACCGGGGAGGGCGGGGGGCGUGGCUACAACACUCCGCUCCAAUUAGAAAGCGGGCCUUGGAGGUAUAAAUACCUGGGUGCCAAGCUCGCCGUGACGCAGUUGAGCGUUGUGAGGUGAGCGCUUCAGUUAGUUGGCAGCAGGUCUCCGCACUGUUACCCUGGCUGAUUAAUGUGAUUAAAAUAUAUGGUGUUGACAUUUUUUUUUUUUUUUAAAAGUGAUUCUUCAAAUUUUAGGCUGAACAGGUGAAAUGAUAAUAUAACUAUACUGGAGGAUUUUAUUUUCUUUCUCUGUUUAUUUCUAUUGGGUUCAAGGUUCACUUUUCGUUCGUUAUUGCAAAUAAUUCUGUCUCUAAACUCUGAAUUGUCGUUUUUAUGAGCUGGGUGGUCUAAUCUGAGCAUAAAAACAGCCCUGUUAUCACACUUGUAAAUACCCCUCCUAAAUAAGCCAUUUCAGCUACAAAUUUCCACUUAUUUAAAAAAAAUUAAAAAAUUACCAUUUCAUUCUGGGAUGUAGUAAACAAUCUUUAUGUAUUCAAUUUCUGUCAGGGUUGAGUCCAGUUUUGUUUUGCUAGAUCUAUUAUUUUAGCCUAUUUGAAUUUUAAUGCAACACCAUUUUAUGUCUAUAUUUUUAUAUUUAUUUUUUUGGGGGGGGAGGUGGGGUUUGCGUCAAAAUAUGUAGUUAUUGUAGCACCCAGUAUUUUACGUAAACUUUGAAUUUAAACAUCAUUUUGUAUUCUUUGACUUAUGGAAUCCUGUUCCUGCUCUAUUGAUGUCGCUAACCUCUUCAUGGUUUGUCCCUGCUUGGUUUUAAUAUUUACAGCACUAGCAGCAGAUUGCGUGAAUCGAGCUUGGUGAGAGAUUAAAAUCCACCUGUUGUACAUCCAUCAUGGCGCUGUAGAAAGCGACUCGGUCACGGUUAUUUGCUAAAGUGAGAAUUCAAAGUGAAUUUUGAAGCCGGAAUAGCUUAAGUCAAGUCUUAAAUGACUCUAGCGGAGACCUAGUUUCCUAUAGCGUUCUCCGCUGGUAUUAGAACAGUGAAGCAGGAAUAAGAUGUUAACCCAGGAUAAACAGUAUCAAUGAGAAUAAAAUAAUCCAGUAAUAUCCCAUCACGAUUCCCAAUAACUAGACGACACACCAUAUCAGGAGCAGAACUGAAGAUUUAUUCCACAUACUCAGCUUUUAAGCAUUUCUCCCAUGUAAGGGAGACACCCACAGUAAUUAGUACAGUAACCAAAUCAUUUACACGUUACCUCCCACACAUCUCCUCCCCUCAGCUUAACAGAAUUCAAUUAUACAGUACAUGGUUUUUGGAUGUACCCCAGAUAGACCCCUAAAUUUAUCUAUAAUGGUAUCCCCUGAUACUCCUGAUCUGGGUGAACAACAUAUUCAAAAAUCACCCAGAUUGGACCAGGGAUUCUGGAGUUAGGUGGAAGUGUUCAUUUGACCGACCGCACACGAGGCAGUAGCCGAAAUCAGUUCCAUAAAUUUUGGCCUGGCAGUCGGACUUUGUUCGUGGGGUAAAAGAUAUGAAAAUCCUUGCCAUCCAUAGCUGUACUAACGUUCGUAUGAAUCCCCUUGUUCGUGGGAUUCAUUUAACUGAACGGCGGGCUGUUAGGGUGUUUCAUUCGGUAAUUAUGGAACUCUGGAGGUCUUAGCGGUGUUCGCGUAGUCGAGUGUCCGAUUUGGGUUCCAGAUCCUUGAUGACCAAACACCGCUGGGCAUUCGUAUGGCAAGAUGGCGGCCAUCCAGGGAACACACACAGAACAUUCGUCUAAUUGCUAAUUAGACUGCGGUUAGCACCAAUCGGGGAGGUAAACUAGGGGCACACUUCUCUCUGGGGUGAUCUGAUUGUUCGGUAGUUUGUUCGUAUGACGAACGGAGUGGUUUUACCAAUCAGACGAAUGCUCCAUACAAUACAUGUAUAUAGAAAACAAAUGAAACGAAAACGACCUUAUAACAUGAAUAUUUAAAGACAGCCCAACUCAAUCCGCUACAAUGACUUUAAUAUUUUUUGCGGUGUGGUUUUCUUGAAAUGAAGUUUAAAUUCUCACUUCAGUAAAUAAUACAUUUUCAUUGAAUUUGCCAGUAGUCAUAACUGCAAUAAAUUCAGAGAUGCUACCUUUACCUCAGUAAUGUUGUAACUUACAAUAUGGUGAACCUUAUGGUUUUUAUUUUUUUACCAUUAAACAUUGUAGUUUUAAAGGAACAUUUCAAGCACCAAACCACUAUAGGAGGCAUGUCAAACGUUUUGCCUGAGGGUAAUCUCCAGGUGUGUGGACACAGUCCUCCCUGAGACGCCCUUUGAGUGUCCGGCCCAGAUAGUGAGGGACUGGUCAUUCUGUCUCCUGGAGCAGAGUGUUUCCCUGUCGUCGCUGUAUGAUGUACCCUUGCGUCUGCCAGAACCGAGAGCAUCCGGUGUCCCAAGCGACAAGGAAUGUUUCUCUCACUGCUUCCUUGAGUGAGGAAUGUGGAUGUGCGCUGUUCGCCACCAUUCUGUGGCACUGCAUACCCCGCGCCACAUCAGGAUGCGACUGGUAAUGCUGUGAUCACGUGACCGACACUAAAGAAAUGUCUAGUUCACUCGUGACACGUCCUGAGCACAGCCGGUGGAAUUCCUGCCCGAGGCCUGAAACAUAGAAUGUGACGGCAGAUAAGAACCAUUCGGCCCAUCUAGUCUGCCCAAUUUUCUAAAUACUUUCAUUAGUCCCUAGCCUUAUCUUAUAGUUAGGAUAGCCUUAUGCCUAUCCCAUGCAUGCUUAAACUCCUUUACUGUGUUAACCUCUACCACUAUCAAUAAUGUUGUAGCUUACAGUAUGGUGAACCUUAUGGUUUUUAUUUUUUUUACCAUUAAACAUUGUAGUUUAAAGGAACAUUUCAAGCACCAAACCCUACAGGAGGCAUGUCAAACGUUUUGCCUGAGGGUAAUCUCCAGGUGUGUGGACACAGUCCUGCCUGAGACGCCCUUGAGAAAACUCACCCUGUCCAAGCUUGAUACACAGGGGAAAUGGGUGCAACUGAGUAGAAGUAUGACUGAUGAGGAUGGGCGCUGUCGAUCGUUGCUGCGCGGUGUGCCACUCACAGCAGGAACCUAUCAGUUAUGAUUUGACACUGGUGAAUACUGGAAGCAGCUCCAACAAGAGUUUCUACCCUUACAUAGAGAUUGUUUACCAUCACAGAUCUGAAACAGAAAUACCACGUGCCUCUGUUGCUCAGUCCAUAUUCCUACACCACCUACAGGGGAAGCUAGAGAGACUGUCAGGGAUGCAGUGUGUUUUCAUGAAUUCUUCUUCUGUCCAAUCAGCAGGGACCAUUCUGUGUCUACAAUCACCUCUUUAUCUUCUUAAAUUGGGUAAUGGUAACAACCCCUGGAUAUUGGGCUAAGGUAACACCCCCUCCUCCCCCAGGACGUACUUGAAAACCAGAGUGAUCUGAAUGUACCUUUCCUGGUUAAAUACUUUGUUAUAUAAGCACGGAUGGGCAAACUGCUUGUGUCCAGCUGGGCACCCAUGCUGUAUAUGCCACAUCUGUCUUUUUCUCCAGUAGGAGAAGCCUGAUGUGUUUGUAGAGCAAAUAACAGUCCUGCUUUGUUACAUACAGGAAUCCAGCUUCUACUGUAGAAUGCCUGAUGCGGUGCUUUACACAGGGCCUAGAUGGCUUCCCAUCUUACUGUGGGUGCCAGGUCACACCUGGCACCAUAACCACUAUAGUAGGCUGUGAUUGGAUUGUUCAUUUUAAUGUUAAAUAAUAAAACAUGAUUAUUUAGGCACAGUUGCAAUCCACCUAUUUUUUUUUUUUUUCCUUAUUUCUUCCUUUUUAGCCCAUCUCUCAAAGAUGAGUUCUCCAGAGAUCUCCUCACUCUCCUGGGGAACGAUGAAAGUUGGAGCUCAGGUUUACAAAGACUGUAAAGUCUGGCCAGGAGGAAGUAGAACAUGGGAUUGGAGAGAAACUGGAACAAAUGUAAGUAUAAAUGUAAUGCUGACAUUGAGAUCUAAUGUAAUUAACCCCUUAAGGACGGUGGACGUGCUAUGCCAUCCUUGGGGACGUGGAUCUAAUGCCGGGGGGCGGCAUAGCACGUCCUCGCCGUCCUUUCUACUUACCCGGUCGCCAGCGAUCGCGGUGUGGGGACUCACCUGGGAGCCUAGGGAGUCCCCCUCCGUCCGUUUCGGCCCCCCUGGGCCAUGUGAUUGCGAGGACCUCGUGAACACAUGGACGGCAUAGCCGUUAAUGAUCUCUCUCGCUCACUCUCCUACAGGUGAUACUCAAAAAAUUAGUUAAUAUCGUGCAAAAGUUAAUUUAUUUCAGUAAUGCAACGUAAAAAGGGAAACUAAUAUAUGAGAGAGACGCAUUACAGGCAAAGCAAGAUAGUUCAAGCCAUGAUUAUGGCUUACAGCUCAUGAAAACCCCAAAUCCACAAUCUCCGCAAAUUAGAAUAUUGUGAAAACGUGCAAUAUUCUAGGCUCACAGUGUCCCACUCUAAUCAGCUAAGCAAGCCAUAACACCUGCAAAGGGUUUCUGAGCCUUUAAAUGGUCUCUGUCUGGUUCAGUAGGAAUCACAAUCAUGGGGAAGACUGCUGACCUGACAGUUGUGCAGAAAACCAUCAUUAUUGACACGCUCCAUAAGGAGGUAAAGCCUCAAAAAAUAAUUGCAAAGGAAGUUGGAUGUUCCCAAAUUGCUGUAUGAAAGCACAUUAAUAGAAAGUUAUGUGGAAGGGAAAAGUGUGUAAGAAAAAGGUGCACAAGCAGCAGGGAUGACCGCAGCCUGGAGAGGAUUGUCAGGAAAAGGCCAUUCAAAUGUGUUUGGGACUUUCACAAGGAGUGGACUGAGGCUGGAGUCAGUGCAUCCAGAGCCACCACACAGAGACGGAUCCUGGACAUGGGCUUCAGAUGUUGUAUUUCUUUUGUCAAGCCGCUCCUGAACCACAAACAACGUCCGAAGCGUCUUACCUGGGCUAAAGAAAAACAGACCUGGUCUGUUGCUCAGUGGUCCAAAGUCCUCUUCUCUGAUGAGAGCAACUUUUGCAUCUCAUUUGGAAACCAAGGACCCAGAGUCUGGAGGAAGAAUGGAGAGGCACACACUGCAAGAUGCCUGAAGUCCAGUGUGAAGUUUCCACAGUCUGUGUUGAUUUGGGGAGCCAUGUCAUCUGCUGGUGUUGGUCCACUGUGCUUCAUUAAGUGCAGGGUCAAUGCAGAGAUUUUGGAGCACUUCAUGCUUCCUUCUGCAGACAAGCUUUAUGGGGAUGCUGACCAUUUUCCAGCAGGACUUGGCACCUGCUCACACUGCCAAAAGCACCAAAGCCUGGUUCAAUGACUGUGGGAUUACUGUGCUUGAUUGGCCAGCAAACUCGCCUGACCUGAACCCCAUAGAGAAUCUAUGGGGCAUUUGCCAAGAGAAAGAUGAGACAUGAGACCGAACAAUGCAGGAGAGCUGAAGGCCUCUAUUGAAGCAUCCUGGUCUUCCAUAACUCAACAGUGCCACAGGCUGAUAGCUUCCAUGCCACGCCGCAUUGAGGCAGUAAUUGCUGCAAAAGGGGCCCAAACGAAGUACUGAGUCCAUAUGCAUGCUUGUAUUUUUUUUCAGAGGUCCUAUAUUGGUCUAUGCACACUCCUUGUUUUAUUGACUGCAUGUAAUAUUCUAAUUUACGGAGAUUGUGGAUUUGGGGUUUUCAUGAGCUGUAAGCCAUAAUCAUCGCACUUAUGACAAAUCAUGGCUUGAACUAUCUUGCUUUGCAUGUAAUGUGUCUAUCUCAUAUAUUAGUUUCCCCUUUUAGGUUGCAUUACUGAAAUAAACUAACUUUUGCGCGCUAUUCUAAUUUUUCGAGUAUCACCUGUAUGUCAAAGUGGGAACAAACCAUAGGGAAAACCCUUUUCAGAGACCCAAUGGCACAAAAUGUGUGAUCUCGUGCAUCAUUGCCCCAUAGCUAGUAAAAGUCCAGAAACUGCCUACAAAGUCCUAACCCAGUGGUAUCUGACAACAAAACUCCUGCAAAUAGAGCAUCCUGACUUGAACCGGUUGUGCUCUAGGUGUGGGAGAGAGAAGGGCUCCUUCCUACACAUAUGGUGGGAAUGUCCUAUUGUAGUGCCAUACUGGAAACAUCUAGCCUGCAUCAGCCAAAUUUACUGACAACCACCUGCCCUUCUUACCAGCACCGUAUUUAACUCCACCACAUGACCUCCUCUACUUCCUGAUUAUAAACUCUCCCUGACACCUCAAAUUAUAAACAUAGCUAAACCAUUACUGCCCCUGUAUUAGGAAAAAAAGACUCUGCCUCAUCAAUGUCAUUGUGGUUUGCCAAAACGGAGGAACUGCGGGUUAUUGAGCAAUACUGACACCAAUCAUAGGGUAGGCCACAGACACAUAUUUGGGCACCGUGGUUUCCUCAACCAUUUUCGGAUGACUUGCGUGAAUAGUGCCUGGGGGAGGAGGCAAGGAAUGCUCUGGCCAGCAGAGACCAGUUUGCCUCGGCUGUGCGGGGGGAGCCGCCUACUACUACUGUAGGGGAUUUCUGGAAGUCUGCGGGAUGUAACCAAUUUUGGACUCUAUCCUACUCUUUCUUGUCUGUCUACAUUCCUUCAUCCAUCUAUAUCCUUAGAUUUAUGCUGAGACGGGCUAGGAGCUAUCUUCCUGCGAUACAAGCGUGCCCUGAGACUACCAACUCAUGGAUAGGUGAUCUGAACCUAUAGUUUACAUUUUGUGAGAGUCUCAAGAUGAUUAGUUUUUACUUUUCUUAUUAUUUUUCUUGUUUUUUAGAGGUUUUUAAAUUAGAUAUACCGCUACAUUCAUGCUUCUAGUCCACAAAACCUAGUCUUCGAAAUGAUUGAAUGUUAUUCCACAAGGACCUGUGUGUCCAAACGGCAAAGGUAUGGCUUAUGGACGUGCGUGUCUCACAAAAAAAAAAAACAACUCUGCUACACUGUGCGUGUAAACCAAAAAAAUAUUUUUAUAUCAAUUUCUCCAUUCUCUCCCCCAUUUCUGUAAUGAAGCUCAGAGCUUACCGGCUAACAUUCAGGAAAAGACUUUACCCAAUAUCUGAAACAACGGAGGGAAUUUCUCAUAUCACCAGGAGAACACUCCUCUCAUCUGGGCAUUACUACAGAACCGACUCGGACUGAGUAUUAGCAUGUAUAUAUGGUCGAAGUGGGCAAGAGGCUUGCCAAUGAAGAGUGUGGGCUGUUUUUGGAGCUUCCUCAUUUUAUGAUAAAUGUCCGUUAUUUUUACUUUUGUUUUGUAUUUUCUCCAUUAUAUGUUUCUUUUCAUUUAUUGGUUGGGCACCAGUUUGCUACUAAACUCCUGCAGGUGCUUCCUAGAUACACUUCAAACUAUAUAAGAUAGCUUAUCAAUAUGUAUAGAGUGUGCCUACUUUUUAUAUGCCUUGUUUAUUAACACACUGGGCUCUGGGUGACCUGCAAGGGGAGAGUGCAAAAUACAUUGCUCCUGCCAGUCACUUCUCGCUAAGAGUAACGAACAAAUUCCUGUCUGAAUGGGUAGAAGAUACAGAAUAUCCUCUACCUGUGGUCCGCUCAGCCACACUACACAGGGCGCAGGAGAGCAAGUAAGAGGAAGAAACAAUGAUACAUAUAGAGGUUGUGGGGAGAAACAAACACAAAAUUUGGCAAUUUUAGUUUGGAGGGUUAAGUAACAUCUUACCUAGGGCCCAAAGUAAUCUAGCACAGCCUUGGUCAUGAUCCAGAAUCUCGUGCUGUGGAAAUCCUGUAUACUGCCAAUCCAAUCUGUGUUAUUCAUUAAAAUAGGCACUGAACCAGCUCAACAGGCAAUGAUCCAGCAACCGAUCACCAUCACUGAGAUAGAAAAAACUAUCGACGCCCUACCACAGGGGAAAGCACCAGGCCCAGAUGGCUUCACAAACAUGUAUUACAGAUGCUUCAAAUCCACCUUAGCCCCGCAAAUAGAGAAAACGUUUAACGCCAUUAUAACGACAAGCUAUAUGCCUUCAGAGAUGUUGAUAGCCCACAUUGCAACAUUACCCAAGCCGGAGAAGCCACCUACCAAAACCUGAGACCGAUCUCGCUAUUGAACACUGACACGAAGUUGCUAGCGAAAAUUUAUGCAAACAGACUCGCCUCCAUAAUCCCUUCGGUAAUACACACAAAUCAAGUAGGGUUUGUCGGGGGGAGACAGGGCUCGGAUGGUACCAGGAAACUGCCUGAUGUCAAGCGCGUGGGCCUCGGGAAGACCCAGUGUGUUCCUUUCGUUGGAUGCCGAAAAAGCGUUCGACAGGGUGCACUGGGGAUUCCUUGAGGCUACGCUGACAAAAUUUGGUUUCCCUCCGGGUUUCAUGUCCCUACUGACAGCACUAUACUCCACACCGUCUGCUCAUGUAGCCAAUAGUGGAUUUCUAUCAAAAAGAUUUAGUAUUACAAACGGAUCGCGCCAGGGAUGCCCGCUAUCCCCGCUGCUGUACAUCCUGAUCUUAGAACCACUAGCGCAACAUAUAAGAAUGAGUCACAAUGUCAAAGGCAUACAAAUAGGAUCCAUGGAACACAAACUCACAAUGUUCGCAGAUGACAUCAUGCUAUCCAUAGAAUCACCACAUACAUCACUCCCGCAUCUACAUGACAUCCUAGCCGAUUACAGUGCAUGCUCAUACUACAAACUUAAUAUUUCCAAAACGCAAGCGAUGGGGAUGCACAUAUCACCCCACACCUUACAAGAAUUUAAAAAGGCCCACACGUACGAUUGGCGAACAGAUCAUCUCACUUUUUUAGGAGUCGCAUUUACAGCCACGUCGCAUGCCAUGUUACAGGCAAACUACACCAAAUUAGUGAAUAAAUUGAAAGGCCAAAUCAUGAGUUGGACAGGCAAGUAUGUCUCCUGGUUGGGACGAAUUGCGGCAACAAAAAUGAUACUUCUACCCAAACUCCAGUAUUUAUUCCGCACGUUACACAUCAAGCUCCCACACACUUUCCUCCGAGAAACACAAACCCUCAUAAAUACAUUCAUAUGGAACAAGAAAAAAAUCGAGAGUGGCGGCAUCCACGUUACACAAACCCUUCAGACAAGGGGGUCUGGGGAUCCCACACCUAAACACGUACUACUCGGCAUCACUUCUCAGCUCACUAAUCACAGCAUUCCAUCAGGAUCUCCAGCCAGAAUGGCUCGUCAUUGAGUCCACUUCCACAGAAGGACAUGAUAUAACUACAUUGGCAUGGAUACCGGGCUCCCAUAGAUCCAAAUAUAAAACUAUGUUACCAACAACCAGGUUAUCCUUGUCCAUAUGGGAUACACACCAAACCAAAUCGUGGCCGUCAGUGCACCCGUCGCCGGCUAUGAAGCUACAGGCCCUUACAACACUCAUACCCUACUUUAAUGUAAAAGAGUGGACCUCCCAUGGCGUAACAUACCUCCACCAGUUACUCGAUAAAGGCAAACUGAUCCCGUUUUAACGCCUACAAAUCGAAUACCAGGUACCGCGGUCACUACUCUUUUCACACAUGCAGAUAAAAUCAUGGUUUCACAAACACCAUCCCCCAAAUGCCCAACCCGGGCAACCCAGGCAAUUGUCCACUGCUGAACAAAUGUGUCUGCAAACCAAACCGCCAACCAAACCUAUGUCCCAAAUGUACCACGAAAUCAUCCGCAAGUCAUAUCUCACAAAACCCUCGUUUAUCUCAGCCUGGGAAUUAGACCUAAAUAUGAAAUUAACCGACACACAGUGGCUCCACAUAUUCUCAGCUAAUAAAAAUUUAUCGCUGUGUGCCUCACACGCAGAAAUAUGUUAUGUUAUAUUAUUAUGUUAUGUUAUGAUAUAUAUAUAUAUAUAUAUAUAUAUAUAUAUAUAUAUAUAUAUAUAUAUAUAUACACAUAUAAAAGGUGCACCGGUUUCAACGAACUGGCAUCCUACUCGCUGUAGGACCACAUAAGGCCAUGUACUGAAGACGAUUACAACGAAAAAUUGACUUGACGAACCUGUAUGCAAUUCCUCUGACAAGCAACUGCAUAUGUGACACAAUAUGUGACAUCAACAAUAACCAAAUGUCAAAGAGAUGCACCGCUUCAAAACUAUAAAUAUAAAAAAAAAAAUAGGAACUGAAGGUGAAUUUUCUUUUUUUCCAAGCCAUUAAGGCUACCAGUUAGGCUAAUUUGGUCCUUUUCAAUGUUAAAAUUAACAUUGAAUUCCCAACAAUUCUUACUUUAGGAGAUAAACCUGUUUAUAUUUUCUACAUACAUAAUCUACUUGAUAGUGACCUUUAAAGUAUAUGUCCCAGUUAUAGCUUUUAUUUACACUUUAACAGCACCACCCUGGAGUACAACCAGCUGACCUUGAGGAAGUGGUAAAAAAAGGUGUGAAGACUCUUGUUAUUGGCCGGGUCAUGACCGAGUCAUUGCAGGUAAGCCAUUUAAAUGAAAAGCAUGGUCUAUAUAUCUAAAUUGUAUAAAGUUUGUGUAUAGAUGUAUUUAGUAUUCCAGGGUCAGAGUUUCAUUAAGCAUUCUCUCUCGUAUCAACUUUUUUAAAUUUUUAAGUGUGUUUUUUAUUUUUAAUAUUCUUUAUUUUAUUUGUGCAUAAGGAGAUGCAGAAAUGCUUGCAUUGCCACAACAGCAGGUGCAAGCCUCAUAAACCAAUACAUAACAUUCCAUAUUAUGACUUGAUAUUACUGCACAUAUUUAGAAAGAAGAGUGAAACACAUGUGAGUCAUAUCAGAGAUAAGGUAACAGAGCAUUGACACAUUGCAUAACUGCUUGCAUCAGCAAGAUAGAGUUAAUACCUCUUCUGUUAUAUUAAUAAUGACACGAUAAGGACUUUAUCCUCACAUGCUUGUAACAAAAGUAAAGGCAAGAAAAGCACAGUGCAGGUAACUGUUAACAUUAGGGUAUCAGAAGGAAAACCAUAGGCACUGUGAGUGACGUUAAGUGAAAAGAAACCACCUAGGAGGCCCCCAGGUAAGCUAAAUGUGUGCCCCACCACGAAAAAAAACAUAUCAUAGAGUACCGCUGGGUGUAAUGUUGUGACACCAUGCAUGGUAAAUUUCAAAGCUCUGUCCCAAGGUCAGCUGAUUCCCUGCUGGGGUAACACAGAGUCCAGCCACGUGCAUCUUAUCUGGCCCUGCGGCGUAGCCCAUGGUGAGUUACCAUGCAGACAUGCCCGUUCACACUGAGGCAGACGCUGAAUUCCAGCAUGAAGGUAGGGCUGGCUUGUGCGUGCCAUCAUUUGUGCCUCCACAAUCCAGGGAGCUGUCUUCGGGCAAUCACUGCCCUAUGAGAAAUCCAAAUUCUCCGAUUCUAGUGUGGUCUUCCACUGGCAUCGUCUUCCCAGGCUAGCCGGUGUCGGGAUGUAAGCUUGACCUCCUGUUCGACCACAUAGGGUGGGCUCUGGUGAGUAUGCAGGCAGGGACUCCAAAGGUAUAGGGUGUAGAUGAACUUCCAGUCUCUCCCAAAAUGCACUAAAGGUCCUUUCCAGAUGGAGUUCCACAUCCGACCACCCGAUUAGGGAGCACACCGGUCCGGGGGGGGGGAGGUUGCUAGUAUGGUACCAUUUUGAGCACCUGAGUGCCACUUCUUCACAUGUGGCCCUUGUGAGUCGAUUUUGUAUUUAUUUUUUUAUUGCGGUGUUUCAGCAGAAUUCUGACGUUGAUGCCCUAUUAGAGCUACAGCAGCUAGCGUCGGCUCGGCGGUCAGCACCUUUAUUUGUUUUCUCGUCUCCAUCGAAACAGGCCACUUCAAAUAAUAUGGGUAAAGGUGCAACCAGUUGAGAAUCUAUGACCUAAUCGGAGCAUAUCAUCCUGUUUUCCUGGUCAUAGGUGCUGUGCUCUACACAAGCAUUACUUUACAGCUAGACUUGCUCAGCACAAACCAAACAGAUAUAUGGGUUUCACUCCGACCAUUAUGUAGUGUGAGGUUGCAGCAGUGCAAGAACACAUUAUUUUGUGCCAUUAUAUAAAAAAAUAAAAAAAAAUAAAAAAUUAGAUUGGAAAGCACAGCUAGUGGCCACACUUGUGGUAAUGACACCUAUAAUGGUCCUAUCACCAUAAGCACUUGAGCUCCUUCUAUAGCUUCUAGUUCCACAUUCAUCCUAUUAAAGGUUCAGUGCAUUUGCUAUAACUGCUGUUUAUAUGCUCAGUACCACUCUGACAAAAACCUUUGAACAAUAACAAAAUAUAUGCACCAGCUUUCUUUUCCUUAAUCCAGCAGGAAAUUUAUAUAUAUUUUUUUUUUUUUUUUGUCACUCUGCUGAUUUAGAUCUGUGUCACCGGUUAACUAAAGUCUGUUAUGCUUCUAGGUCCCAGCUGCUACUCUCGCCUACAUCAAAGCACAAGGGAUCGAUGCCGUCGUUCUCCAGACAGAGAAGGCAGUGAAGGAAUAUAAUAGUCUAGCAUCGAAAGGUGCUAACGUUGGAGGCGUCUUCCAUUCUACCUGUUAAUUCUUUGCUGAGGGUCUUUUUUUUUUUGUGUGUGUACCACCUCCACAUAUGUCACUAGCUUUGAUAGAUCGUAUUACAGCUGCUCUGCCAGUGGUGCUCUUAUUAACAAUAUGUGUUUGUGUAAUGUCUGCCCAAAUCUAUACAAGCCUUAUGAAAGCUUUGUCAGGGAUUUUUCCACUUUAUAUUAAUGUUUUUAUUUCACUGUCAACAGAAUUUGUUUACUCUUCUUGGAAAAUGUCUCUUAAAUAUUUAAUAUAUCAACUGUACACAGGAGUUGACUUUUUUUAUAAUUGUACUGGUUGCAUUCAACUUACACUUCAAACUUUUUACUUAUCAUUGCAACAUAGAAAAAAAACUAGAAUUUAAUUUUAUUUUUACAUUUGGACUGUACAGAAUGUGAUUUAGUCUGUGCACUUUACCAUGCAAACCAUCUAUUACUAUGAACGAUCUAACACUUCUACAGUAAAAAAACAUGAAUUCAGAACACCAAUGAAUCCUAAAUAUAAUUAGUUAAUUUAAAACUACCAUAUAUGCUUUUAGGGAUGGGGGAUUAUAUUCAUUAAACAAAACUGCUUAUUCCAAAAUGCCUACCUUCACAUGGACAGCUCUGCAACUUCUAAUUUUAAUAUCACAAAAAUGCAUGAAAGCCAUUAUAUAAAACUAAAUAGGCCAUAACUCUUUCACCUUCACUUACCUAUAAACUAAACACAGAAUCAGCAGUGGGUCCUCUGAACUCACUACCGUGUUUCUCCAAAAAUAAGACCGGGUCUUAUAUUAAUUUUAGUCACAAAAAACACACUAGGGCUUAUUUUCAGGGUAGGGCUUAGAGCCAGUCUGUCAGCUGAUGUCCGCACUGUGUAACCCCCCCAGAGACCCUCACCUCCCCCUCCCUGUAAUAUCCCCCCCACUUCCUGUAAUACUCUCCCCCCUCCCUCCCUGUAAUAUUCUCCCCUCCCUCCCUGUAAUACUCUCCCCUCCCUCCCUGUAAUAUUAUCCCCCCCUCCCUCCCUCCCUGUAAAACUCUCCCCUCCCUCCCUGUAAUAUUAUCCCCCCUCCCUCUCUCCAAUCUUCUCCUCCUCCUCCCUCCUGGUCCGCGUGGACCAGACUCCUCUCCCUCCCUCCCCCCCCUCCUCAAUCUUAUCCCCCCCUCCCUCCAAUCUUCUCCUCCCCUCCCCUGUAGCGUGGCCGAGCUCCUCUCCGGUCCGCGACCCGUCCGAACUGACAGGAAGUACACCCAGAAGUGCACACCCAGUGUGCACUUCCUGUCAGUCCGGGCGGGUCGCGGACCGGAGAGGAGCUCGGCCACGCUACAGGGGAGGGGAGGCACUGCGGCAGCCGUCUGAGCACUCUCUAUAGAGCGCUCAGGCGGCUGAGGCAUUUAAAGGGCCGGCAGCUGCCGGCCCUGCCUAGGUCUUAUUUUCGGGGUAGGGCUUAUAUUGCAGCCCACCCCGAUAAUCCAGCUAGGGCUUAUUUUCAGGGAAACACGGUAUCUCAUACUUUUUGUUUUCUUCAAUUAUUUUUAAAGAAAUUGCUUCUGCUGUGGCACACUUGAGGGUAGUGAGCCGAUAUGUCUGGUCCAGUCUGGAAGUACAGGUGUGAGGUGAAUUAUGCCACUUAAAGCUGUAAUUGUCCAGUUCUCUAAUGCAUUGUAUUCAUAAUGUAUUAAAAUAUGCAAAACUAACCAAUCCAUCUAUUUCUUUUUCAAUACCGUUUGUGCAAACAAACCUUUUGCUCCGCAGCCUCUUAGUCUGAUCUAUGCAUUUCGAACCAUUGGACAGGUUUUAUCUGGAUGAUGUGUACAGACGUGUUACAGACACUGUAGGUUAAGAUGGAGGAAGGAAUAGAAAGAAAAUGAGAUGUGUUCAGGUAUAGAAACCAGCAAGAAAAUAUUUUAUAAUAGG